AUGGUCAAAUAUGGCCUCGAAGCUGCCAUCAUCAGUGAUCGAGUCAACAUCCAUUAUGUGACUGGUACUCGGAACCUGCAAGUCUUCAUAGCACGGAACCCUCCCACACGGUAUCUUUUCCUUAUGGCCACUCGAUCCAUCAUGUUCGAGUUUACGGGCUGUCUCCUCACUCACUUGGCCCAGGGCCACGAGACUGUCGAUGAAGUCCGCACAGCAAAGUCUGUCACGUUUACGAGCAGCGGCCCCAAGAUCCACUAUAGGGAGAGGAAAUGGGCACAAGAGAUGGUUGAUAUGAUCGAGAGUAUUGUUGGGAAACGGAGUGCCACAGUUGGUCUGGAGCGUAUAAAUGCAAACGUUGCUAUGGCCCUCAAGGAACUCGGCCUCAACAUUGUGGUUGCUCAACGAGCCAUAGAGAUGGCAAGGACUAUCAAAUCGCCUGAGGAGGUCAAAUGCAUUGUCGCAUCUCUUCGCGCAACAGAGGUCACUGUAGGCAAACCACGCGAUUCAAUCGCGCCAGGUCUUAUGGAGAACCAACUCUGA